AUGGCGGGCACCAACGAUGAGGGGAGCCCCGACUACAGCACCUGGAGUAAUUCCAGCCUGAUUGAGCGCAUCACCGAACUCGAGCGCCAACUGCACUCGCAGACUACGCAGUACACGGCACCGACUCCCGCAGUCGGUGAUGCGAUACCCCGCGCACCGAUUGCCACGGAUGUCAGCGAACCUGCGAUCCCUCUUGCCGACGCAUAUGCCAGCUCCUCGAAAAAGAAGAAGCGUAUGCACUCUCCGGAUGGCGAUAUUUGUCAUACACCUGGGCGGUCGCGUCCUCACAAGGACGAGCGUGGGUUUGAUCCGUCGAAGUAUCAGACACGGUUCAUUGCGCUCAAGUUCGCCUACUUGGGUCAACGGUACAAUGGCUUGGAACAUACAAAUGGGAACACUACGCCUCUGCCUACAAUCGAGGAGACUCUGUGGAAGGCGCUGCGCCGGACACGAUUGAUUCUUCCGCAGACCUCUUCUCCAGAGGACGAGCCCGAUGAUGCUCACCCAAGGGAGCAGCGGCCCUACUCUAUCCAUUGGGAUGGGUGUGAUUACUCUAAGGCUGGAAGAACUGAUCGAGGUGUGAGUGCUUUUGGCCAGGUCGUUGGUCUUAGAGUUCGUUCUGCGAGGCCGCAGCCCAAGUCCAAGGCUUCAACCGAGCAGGAGGGUCUACAAGAGGUCGAUGCGAUGCAGGUCGAAGAGCCAGCUGCAGAUGCGGACUGGGAUGAUAUCGCGGAUGAAAUUGCCUAUAUACAGGUUCUGAACAGGGUGCUCCCAGAGGAUAUCCGUGUUCUUGCUUGGUGCCCUCACCCUCCGGAGGGAUUCGAUGCCCGUUUCUCCUGCCGUGAGCGCCGCUACCGGUACUUCUUCACCCAGCCAGCUUUCUCCCCCACGCCUGGCGCGUUUGGCUUUGAGAACCGUGCCGGAACUGGUCAAGGCGAGCGCACCAAGUACCGCGAGGGCUGGCUAAAUAUUGAUGCCAUGCGUGAAGCUGCCAAGCACUUUGAGGGAACUCAUGACUUCCGAAACUUCUGCAAACUCGAUACAAGCAAGCAGAUUGAGAACUUUGAGCGGAUUAUCUAUCAUUCCGAUAUCCAACUUGUGAACCCAAAGACGAACCCUCUGGGAUACGUCGGCCAAUCUGGAUUCCAGAUCACGGAGGACUUUGAAGCAGAUGUGGACAUGCUGUCUUCGCAACAACCCGAACCUACUACUCCUCAGGUGUACUCUUUCAACUUGUACGGAUCUGCCUUCUUGUGGCACCAGGUCCGCCACAUGGUGGCCAUCCUUUUCUUGGUUGGUCAAGGACUCGAGUCUCCGUCCAUUGUUCCGGACCUGUUGGAUAUUACCAAGAACCCUUGCAAGCCAUCCUAUGAGAUGGCCUCCGAUGCGCCUCUGGUUCUGUGGGACACUAUCUUCCCAGACGAGAGCACUGGCAGCCGUGCGGACGCCCUGGACUGGGUUUAUGCCGGCGACCCACGCCUCAACAGAAGCCGCAGUGCCAAGGGCGAUAGCAAGUACGGCCUGAAUGGUGCUGUCGAGAGCCUGUGGACAGUCUGGAGACAACGCAAGAUGGACGAGAUUUUGGCUGGAGCACUGCUGGACUUGGUCGUCAGUCAAGGUGACCACAGCAUGGUGACAAAGAUGGACGGCAAGCAAGGGACUGGCAAGAAGCAGAGCAGGGGCGCUAAGAUCUGGUUGGGAGGAGACGAAGCUCGCACCGGAGGAAGAUAUGUCCCCGUUCUGCAGAAAGCGAAAACGGAGUCCGUGGAUGUCCGGAACGCGAAGUGGCUCGCGGCUAAGCAGCGCAAAGACGCCAUCAAGGCGGCUGCGGCGCAGAAAGACGAGGCUUAA